AUGUCCCCGCCCAAGGUUCCUCGCAAAGCCAUAUUAAACAGUUUUUUGAAAGCGUUACAAGCCACUAGUCUAGACACAUUAGAUAGAUUAGAUGAUUUAGUUUUUGUGUCUAUGGCUAAAGAAUUAAAACUUAAUUGGCUAAUUCAACGUCAACGGUUGAAAUCCUUAUGGAAAAAUAAUUUGAAUAACAUUCGGACAGAUGUUCUUCAAUUGUACAAUGAAUUGAAUGAAGUCUCUGAAGACAAUACCAUGCAGUUCACUACCUACUUAACGAUGAGGAUUCUAGGAAAGAAUCACAGAAAUGUUGUAUAUGCUAUGCGGGAGCCCAGCCAUCGUCUCAGCGCUGUUGGUGAUUCUGUUACGCGAACUGCGAAUCGUGAACCAAAGCGCCAGACAGCAGUAAAAUCUACAGUACGAAAAGCAGCUAGCUCACUACCAUUUUUGUCAAGUGACAAAAAAAUUGACGUAUCUGAACAUUCCGUUACUCAAGAAUUAUUACCUCCCAAACUAAGUGUUCAGUUAAUCAGAAGUGAUCAAGUAACAGCAUCAUCUAUGAUCAUGAGAGAGUCAAAUACAGUACAUGAAGAAAUAACUCAACUUGAUACUCGUCCGUGA